AUGGCCCGGCUGCCAGGAAACCGCCGGCCCCUGCCCACCCUGUCCACCACUAGCCCGCCACUGAGCGGCAAUGGUGAGGAGGUAGGAGGAGAGGCUGCUCUGUCCCGCAGCUACCAGAAGGCACGAGCAGAGAAUGGCCUGCAGAACAGCCAAUGGGAGCACGAAGGGUACGCAUUACCUCAUCAGGCAGUGCAGCCAUUGGUUGUGGAGUCCCGGCUAGGGAAGGGGGAUGUGGGCGGAGCCCGGGAACCAAGCGGAAAUAACCGCACCAAUCAAUCAUCUCUAUCAUCAUCACCAACAUCAUCACCAUCACCAACAUCAUCACCACCAUCACCAUCAUCAUCUCCAUCAUCACCAUCACCAACAUCAUCUCCAUCAUCA